AGUCUCUGUGUGCGGUUUGUGUGGUGCGUGAAAAAUUUUCCCGUUUUGUGUUGGUGGAUAGCGGAAACAUGAAAACUUGUUCAAUCUGAUUGUUAAUUAAUGGAAAAAGUAAAUAAAAGAGCUAUUAUAAGUAAAUCUAAGCGAAAAGUUUAAUACUAUUUCCAAAAUAUUUUGUGCGGAAUGUGUUAAAGGAUUGCGCUUUGGCCUCAUGCAAAAUAUUUUUUUUACCUAAAUAGUUAGUAUUAAAUGACAAAUAAAUUUGUUUCUAUGCUUAGUAAACAUUUUCACUAUAAAGAGGAAAGUUUUUAAUGCUCUCGGUUUUGUGUAAGCGAGCAGAAUUCAGUGUUGUGGAUUUGAGUUUUACAACAAACGGUUAAUAAAAAGGUGAGACCGGCUCUUCGGUGUAUUAAAAUCUUAACAAAUGAAAUAUACUCAACUUGAGCAGCAGCAACAAUAACAGUGGUAGAACAGCAAGCGCAACUAAAAAAGUCAAUCCUUAGGGUCAAGGGAAAUACCGUCGUACAGCAAUGAGAAUAACGUCAAAGAAAAUCAAACAAUAUAUAAACAAAAGAGCAAAGAAUAACACAUGACUGCAACACAAACGAAAUUGCCGACGCCGCCGACGAGGACGAGAACGAAUACGACGACAUAAAGGUCGCCGUGGCGUAACCGAACACGAUUACGAAGCCAAAGGCAGCACUAAGCAAACACAAACACAGGCGAAAGAAGAAAACAAAACGAACGAACGUGGAAGCAACAAAUCCGCAGUACCCGCAGUACUACUACUAAGGUGCUUGUGAGCACUGCACGCACAGCACAGUGCAACGGUACGACGGCACAGAGGGACAAGCGACUCGUCACAAGCGCCAGUGCCACUAAAAUACAACACAAAACAUCCAACAACAACCUAAAUACUACACAUUAAUAAACUACAUAAAACCGUGCGUGCUAAUCACUAACUAAAACUAGAAUAUAACUGUAACACAAGCGUACUAAGUGCAACAGUGUGUCCCAAAACGGUGUGUCACGUGUCCCAGUCACAACUACUAGUUCACCGCAAAUAUAAACUGUAAUCAAAAGGACAACCCGUCUCUAGAGCAGCACGUAGCCAUAGCUGUAGUACUUAGCGGCGUUAGUUAGUAGGCGCCAACAGCUAACUGUAUCCGAAGCUUUUCAAAUUUAAAGCCCUCCACGUUUUUUCACUUUUAAAUCGUAAAUAUUUUAAUGAAAAAAAUCCAAAAACAAAAAAACUUGACUGAUAGUUUAUUAAAUUAAUUAAACAUCUCAAUUGAAUUGAAAUUUAAACGAAUGUUCACAAAACUACAACAACAACAAUAACAACAACACUGGUACGCAUGCAACAAAUGAUCUCGAAAUCAAAACAGAACUCCACGUUAAAGCAAGAAACGCGCGAAAAUGUCGAACUUCAAUUAAAGUAAAGCAAGAAAAACGACGAACAAACAACAACAAAACAACAAAAAUUGCAACAACUCAAAGCGAAAUUGACAAACCAAAAACCAACAAUUAACAUUGCCAAAAACGAACAAGAAUUGCAGCAUUUUUUAAACACACGAAUAAGUGAAAAAUACAACAACAACAACUACAACGCAUAUGAUAGCAUUCGUAUUGACAACGACGUUUAGUCAGUAAAGCCCCAAAAAAACAAAAAAAAAAAAACACGAAUAAAAAGCUAAAUAAUAACGGGACAAAUCAAAUUGCAACCGUGCUUUUGCUGACGGCAACACGGUGGUGAAAGCAUUUAAACGCAGUGCGCUCGCGUAUAAUCAAAUUUGGUGCAACAAAAAACUAUUCAAAACUUAACUUAGCAAAGUGACUUUUUCAUUACUCAACGCCUUUUUGUUGUUGUUGUUGCAUAAAAUAGAGUGCCGCAGCAUUGCGAGCUGGCGGAUAAGCCAAUUUUAUUUAUAACAUAAAGCAAGGCGCGCGAGCGAGUGAGCGAAGCAGCGGCCGGCCGGCUAAGCGCAUUGAUUGUGGCAAGUGGCCCGUGGCCAGUGGCAAGUAGCAAGCGACGAGUGGCAAGCAGACGCAAGCAAAAUGGGCAAUAAAUGUUGCAGCAAACGACAGGAUCAGGAGCUGGCACUUGCCUACCCGAGUGGCUAUAAAAAAUCAGAUUACACAUUCGGCCAGACGCAUAUAAAUAAUAGCGGGCAAAAGCAUAACAAUGGCGGCUCGCUGGACUCCCGUUACACGCCAGAUCCGAAUCGUGGGCCGCUCAAAAUUGGCGCCAAGGGCGGCGCAGACAUAAUACGCCCGCGUACAACGCCAACUGGCGUUCAAGGUGGUCUGCCCAAGCGGCGUGUCGUUGUCGCCCUAUAUGAUUACAAGUCGCGCGAUGAGUCUGACUUGAGCUUCAUGAAGGGCGACCGGAUGGAAGUAAUCGACGACACCGAGUCCGAUUGGUGGCGUGUAGUCAAUUUGAGCACACGCCAGGAGGGUUUGAUACCCCUAAACUUUGUCGCCGAGGAGCGCAGCGUGAACAGUGAAGAUUGGUUCUUUGAAAAUGUGCUACGCAAAGAGGCCGAUAAGCUUUUGUUGGCCGAGGAGAAUCCGCGCGGUACAUUCCUGGUGCGUCCGUCGGAACACAAUCCCAACGGAUAUUCGUUGUCGGUGAAGGAUUGGGAGGAUGGCCGUGGCUACCAUGUGAAACAUUAUCGCAUCAAGCCGCUCGACAAUGGUGGCUACUACAUUGCCACAAAUCAGACUUUCCCCUCGUUGCAGGCGCUGGUGAUGGCCUACAGUAAAAAUGCACUUGGCCUUUGCCACAUACUGUCGCGUCCGUGUCCGAAGCCACAGCCGCAAAUGUGGGACCUGGGACCGGAAUUGCGUGACAAGUACGAGAUACCGCGUUCCGAAAUUCAAUUGAUACGCAAAUUGGGACGCGGCAACUUCGGUGAGGUGUUCUACGGCAAGUGGCGCAACAAUAUCGACGUCGCCGUGAAAACGCUGCGCGAAGGCACCAUGUCGACGCAGGCGUUCCUGCAAGAGGCCGCCAUUAUGAAGAAGUUCCGCCACAAUCGGCUGGUGGCAUUGUAUGCCGUCUGCUCGCAGGAGGAGCCCAUCUACAUUGUGCAGGAGUACAUGUCCAAAGGCAGCUUGUUGGACUUUCUACGCGAAGGCGACGGCCGCUAUUUACACUUUGAAGAUCUUAUCUACAUAGCCACGCAGGUGGCAUCCGGCAUGGAAUAUCUCGAAUCAAAACAACUGAUACAUCGUGAUCUGGCCGCACGCAAUGUGCUGAUCGGCGAGAAUAAUGUCGCCAAAAUUUGUGAUUUCGGUUUGGCGCGCGUUAUCGCCGACGAUGAAUACUGCCCCAAACAGGGAUCACGCUUCCCUGUCAAAUGGACUGCACCCGAGGCGAUAAUCUAUGGCAAAUUUUCAAUCAAAUCCGAUGUCUGGUCUUAUGGUAUCCUACUAAUGGAACUCUUCACCUACGGACAAGUGCCAUAUCCGGGCAUGCAUAGUCGAGAAGUCAUUGAGAAUAUCGAACGUGGCUUCCGCAUGCCAAAACCAACUAAUCACUAUUUCCCCGAUAAUAUUUAUCAUCUACUAUUACAAUGUUGGGAUGCGGUGCCGGAGAAGCGGCCAACAUUCGAAUUCUUGAAUCACUACUUCGAAUCGUUCACCGUGACGUCGGAGGUGCCCUAUCGGGAGGUGCAGGAUUAAGUAGCGUAGCACUCGAAAUGCCGCGAGUGGUACAGCGUUAUUGCCAGUGCGAUAUACAUACAUACACAUACUUACAUAUAUACAAACAUACAUAAAUUAACUAGAUUUAAUUGUAAGCCUUUUUAAUUCAAUUGAGAAGUGAGUCGUCAAAACAAAAACAAAAAAAAAAGUAUCUACAUUAAAGAAAACAAAAAUAAGCAACUUUUCAAUGACAAAAGUUGCAAUUGCUGCAGCGUAAACGCCAAGCAGCAGCAUCAAGGUGCACACGCAAUCGUUUGGCGCUGCCAUGUAUGGGGCCAGUGGGAUGUACCAAUUGAAGAAGAAGAAUUUUUACAUUCGCAAAGAAACUGCUACAUACUAAAAGCUACUCUACAUUAUAUACAUACAUAACACAUAGUACGCGUAUGAUAUAUGCGUACGUUUAUGAUAGUAUAAAACAAAACAAAAAAAAAAAAACAAAAAGGAAGAAAAAAAUAUUUUACACUUGAUAAGCGAAAUCUUUUAUAAUUUAUAUAGAGGUAUUUAUGUAAUUUUAAGCUUAUGGCAAAUGAAUUGUGCUAUAUAAAAGAAGCAUUUAACAAAUACAAAAACAACCACAACAAUAAAAUAUCUAAUAGUCAGUCAAUAGCAAGAAAAACGAAUGAAGAAACCGUUAAAAUCUUGCAAAAAAAAAAAAAAUACAACAAAAAGAAAAAAAUCUCUCCAUGCAUUUAUCGAGUUCUAUGCGCAUGCGUUGGGUUAGCGCUGAAACUGUCUCUCACUCUCUGAAUUAUUUUUUAUUUUCACCGUUCUCUGUUUAAUUUUUCUUAGUAUGUAGUUAUUUUACUAAUAAGUAAGUUCAUUGCAACCUGUUAAAUUGAAUUACUUUUAAUUAUUAUUACAAAAAUAACAGCAAACGAAUUUAUUUUCUAAGCAUUAGUUUGUAUAAAUCGAAUUUUAAGCCUUUUCACAAAAAAUCACAAAAGCUCACAAAAGUGACAAAGCAUUGAUACGAGCGCAUAUAUUUUGCGCUUAUUUACUUUUUUUUUUUUUGUAUCACACUUUUUUCUUCAUUACACUUCAUGCCAUCACUAACACUUGCAUUUCUUAUCAAAUUUUCGGUGGCAAAACAGUUGGCAACUGUCAGCUGUUUAAGAAAGUGUGAGAAGAAAUACACUAUUUCAUCAUUAUUGCUUCUGUUCUUCUGUUCUAUACCACUACAACAACAACUAACCUGCAAAGCUAUGAAAAAAUGCGUUUAUAAGAAAAUAUCAGCUUUGAUUUUCUUUAAAAAAGACGCUGACAUAAUCGAUGAUACAGUUAAGUGGCAGCUACAGCUCAGCAAAUAUACCCUUGCCCACUCAUUGUGCUGUGGUGCUAAAAAAAAUAAUGUUUCUAUUCAAGUGACUGAGUAAACUUAUUAAUAUUUAACUGUUAGUAUUUCUCUAGCAAUUCGAUUGCAGCGCAAAAUUUUAUAUUAUGGACUUACUAAGUUUUUCAUUUUUGCGAGCUACUUAAUAUUUUUGAGCCAAACUAAAAAUUAUUAAAAUAAAAAAAGUUAGGUUAAUCCUGUGCAAUUGCGCUCAAACUAUUAAAUUUUGUAAUUUAUUUGAAUUGAAUUUCUUCUUUUAAAAAAAUAUAAAAAUUAAAAAAAUGCGUAAAUAUUUUAUAAAACGUAAUUUCGAUUUUUUUUUCAUAUUUGGUUAGAAAUAUUUUGGAAUUUUAUUUAGUAUAAUUUCAUAUUAAUUUGUUAACUAUUAAACGGGUGCAUAUUUGGCUGAAGUACUAACAUAUGUAUGUGAUAAGCAUGCCGUUUAUAGAGUUGCUCUGGUUUAGUUUUUGCCGCUUUUUUCAAAUGUAAACAUAAAUUUAAAGCAAAUUUAUUUCAAAAUCUUUAUUCUUCUUCUUUUUUAAAGGCGGAGUCACCGCUUACGGUUUAAUUUUCCUCAAAUAUAUCACAAAAUGUUAGGUUAGGUUAUUCACAAUUUACUUACUCAGUCUCCAAACGGUUAUCUAGUAUUGGAAUUUCGCUUUUUUAAAGCAGAUAACUUUAAAUAAUAUUUGUGCAUACAAUUUCCUAUGACAUUCUUAUAUUAUUGUUGCACAAUUUAUGCACUUUCUUUUGCAAUGUCUUCAUUUUUCAAAUUUAAAAUCAUAUUUUUACCUUUUUUGAUAUUUUUCUGAUGUGCGUAACAUUCUUCCAUAUUUCCACUUCACUUUUUGUUUAUAAUACAUUUUUUAUAAAAAAAAACAAAUUUACAACAACACUGCUUACAAUAAGACAUUUGAAAGCAUUCCUGAAUUCAUUCACAUCGGCGUACUCUCAAGCCAAAUCUCCUAUUUACCUAAAUGGACUUCCUAUAAAAGACAGCUGAUCCAUAUCCUUACUGAUUUCACUGCUCACUACUCGCAAAGGUUUCAGAACUAUAUACAUACAUACAUACACACGACAUGUAAACCAUCUACAGCAUACAUAUUAUGUUUGUACAUUGUAUUUAUGUGACUCUCUUCCAGCUUUGCUUUCUCAUGCGCAUCACAACUUCGUCAUUUGAUUUUUCCAGCGUACGAACUACUCAUUAGAAGAUCACUUUAGUAUACAAUAAUCAAAUUUAACUGGUUAUAUAAUAACAUACAUACAUAUACAUUAUUAUAUGGCAUUAAUACAUAUAUACAAAACGAAUGAAACCAAAGUUAUAAUUUUAUUUUAUUUUUUUGUUGAAACGAGCGGAGAGCUCAACUUUUUUGUAACGAAAAUUUCUCACUAAACUAUAUAAAUAUGUAUAGGGUAUAAAGUAAUAGAUAUACAUACAACCAUGAGUGAAUUCUUGCAUAAGUAAAUAUCAGUACACAUAUACAUACAUGCAUACCAGAAAUCCAUUGAAACCGUGUGGAUAGAAAAUCAGUAGCAACACAAUUCGUACUCACCACAUGCAACAAAUAAAGAAAUAUGUGAAGUUGGCACCUACAUACAUACAUCUAUAUACAUAUAUAUAGUAACGAUAUUUGAAUGAAAAUCAAGUAGAUAUGUUGGCAGCAAAAGUAAAAUCGAUAACGGUAUAAACUUAUAAUCAGGCAAUCCAUGUCAGCGGCCACCAACGCCAGCGAAUUUAAUCACAAGUAAUUGGAUUGUGCUCGCAGCAUUAGUGGAAGCUGAAUUGGAUUUGCGCGCAUACAUACAUAGAUACACUUAAUUAAUUACACAUGCUAAAAUUUAGUUACCGUUAAGCUCCAGCACAUAAUAAAUUGGGCCUCACUUGGCUGAAAUCCAGUGCAUAGAAAAUGUGGUCGGAAAAGUGAUUUGCAAAGCCAGUAAUAUGUUUCCAUCACAUACCCACAUCACAUACAUACACAUACAUAUAUGCAUAUAAGCAUACAUGCAACCGUGCUAAGCUAUUUUACAAUUAAAAAGUGGAAACAUAGUUAAUUUACAUAAAUAUUUAAUCAUUUCAUAGUCAUACAUACAUACAUACAUACAUACAUAUAUGAUAUCAUUAUAAACCGCCAGAAGAAUUGCAUUGCAUCCAUCCUCAUUGUCGCAUAAACAAGUUGUGCUCACACACAUACGUACAUACAUACACAUGCACAUACAUAUUAAGCAUUCGUCAUAAUGUUAUGUUACAUAAAGCAAUUAAUUAAUUAGUGAAACCAGAUUAAAAAAAGAAGAAUUAUUAAAUAAAAAUAAGCUAAAAGAAAACAAAAACAAAAAAUAAAUAAUGAGAAAAUCAACAACAAAAUCAUUAGAACGUGAUUAGGAUUAACGUGAAUGAUAACCUAUAAAAAUUGUUUAGCGUAGUUGGUAAUUUUUUGUACAUAAACAAAUAAAUAUUAUUAAAUUUAAAGCGUAAUAAUAAAUAAUAAAUAUUAAAAUAAUAAUAACUAAUGUGAGAACAAAUUGAAAGUGGAUGGUGGAUGGUAAGGGAGGUAUACACACGAUUCGCUGCUAAAGCGAAUAAGAAGUGAAUCAUAAAUCAUAGCUGACAGAAAUUAUGUGUAAUAAUAAUGAAAUAAAUUAUGAUAUAAAAUUCAAAUA